CUCCCAUAUCAACACUAAACAGGUACACAUCACCUCUGAAGUGACACCAUGAAGAAAGUCGAAGCACCUCGCGCAAGGUAAGUCACUGAGCACGUAUUCCUCAGUUAUUCGAAACCAUGCUCAUACCGUACAGUGCCGUUGCCGCAUCAGAGACCGUCGUUAUCGUCUUCGAAGUACGCGAGAAGCAAAAACGUUAUACCCUACACAAGCGGCUGCUGAAAUACCACUCUGGAUAUUUUCGACGCGCCCUUGUCGACGGAUCGGAAAUCUAUCACGUUCCCCAACCCGCUGAUCUCGAUGCCAUGGAUUUCGACAUUCUUAUUGACUGGAUGUAUGAAAGGAGCCUUCCUUCCCUGAUCGACAUGGACUGUGAGGAGGACAUGCUGAACGUUUACAUACUAGCGGAAAAUCUAUCGAUCGGAACCUUGAAGAACGCGUUGAUGGAUGUCUUGUUCGAUUGGCUGUCAGAUGGCUAUCUCAGUGCGGAAAAUGUCGAAUUGAUCUUCCGGGGGGACUUGCCGAAGGAUGAUACUCUAACCCACUUGGCUGUAGACUCGUUCUGUUGCAAUGAAGGCGUUGAGGAUAUCAUUGUCAAGGGGGAAGAAUGGGCUGAUAACCUGCCUCAGGAAUUCUUGGUUCGUGUUCUUCGAAAGAUGCAUCAUCUCAGCAAGCUACCGGAGGCCGAUCGUAAGCUCAAACGUGAGGACUAUGACAUCGUUGAGUGUGUAUCAUCUGAGGACAAAGACGGAGAGUGAAAGGUCUCACGUUGGCAGAAUGGAAAGGAAGUGGACCAAUGUUUGGUGCA